AUGCUUAACCUCCUUGCCAGCCUGACCGCCGUCGACGAGGCCGCCGCGGCCAAGAUUGCGGCCCUCCUGCAGGCCGUCAAGGCAAACACCGAUGCCAACGAGGCCGGCAACCACAAGUACGAGAUUACCCAAAACGGCCUCGACUUUAACAUCAACGAGCUGUACGACGACAUGGCCGCAAUCGAAGUCCACAAGGCCAGCCCCCAGUUUGUCGCCCUCGUCAAGGACGGUGACACUCUGAUCAAGGGCGGCAUGGCUGGUCUCAAGAUCGAGGUCAACCCCGUCUAA